AUGGGCAGUAGCCCUGAUCCCUUGCUCUGCCUUCUCCUCCUCCUCCUGCUCCUGAGGGCUGUGGGGGGCCAUCCUCCUCAUUGAAAGUUUGAGUACAAGCUCAGCUUCAAAGGACCAAGGCUAGCAUUACCUGGGUCUGGGAUGCCAUUCUGGAGGCAUCAUGGAGGAGCCAGCUUGGGCCUGAAGGAAGUGCAACUGGUCCCAUCCGUGUGGAACUGAAGCGGUGCAGUGUGGAGCAGGGCCCCUGUCCUCUUCUCUGGCUGGGUGACCAGGCCAGGGCACCAGGGAGUCCAGGUCAUGGUUCUGUGGCACACCCAAGAGCAGGGGCGAAGUCAGCUCUGUUUGGAGAAGCCUGCCUUGAGGGAUGGCAUUGGGAUCCUCUUCGACCCCUCAGCCCAGGAUACCCAGGCCUUGGGUCCUGUGUGGCCCUCCUGGACUCCAAGUCCCCACAGAGAGGGAGCCAGCCAGCUGCUGGGCUCUUGCUACCACGACUUCCGGAACUGGCCAUACCCCUUCAGAGCACAGCUCACCAAAGUUUCCCUGGGGUCUCAGCAGUCACCAGAAUCCUGCCUGACAGGAGUUCUUCCCUUCCCUUCUCUAUCCCACUUUCCCGAUGACCAUAAUGUCUUGUCCUUUCCGACCUUCGGUCUGAGUGAGCCAGGUCCAGAGGCUCCACUGCAGCCUUUCCUGGAGAUGGAGCAGCUCCACCAGGCAAGGCAGCUAGAAGGGCUACAGGCAAGGCUGGCCCUGGGCACCAGGGAAGACAUGAUUCCAAAGCUGAGCUCCAAAGACCAGGAAGAGGGGGAAAGAAUCUUUGACUUGGAGGAAACAUUGAACAGACACAAGCAGAUCCUGCAAGGUCUCUCUGAGCACUUGGCCCAGGCUAAGAGACAAUGGAAGUAGCAGCUAGCAGCUGGGGUGCCUAGUCAGGCCAGGCCUAAGGGAGCCUGGACUCACAUGGCUUCAAGCGCCCAGGUCUUCUACCUGCCUGUGGGCAUCAAGCAUCAUUUCUUAGAGCUGGCCCAGAUCCUGGGCCUCCUGCAGAAGGACCUUUGGAGCCCGCAAUGUCAGAAAGCAGCAGACAAGGACCCCUGCCCACCUGGCCUGCCCCCAGGGCCCACCUCAUGCCUGCAGCCCAGCGUCUUCCUGUUCUUCCUCCUCAUUCAAACUAUAGGUUUCUUCUACAUGCACUUCAGGCAGGAGCUGGACAAGAGCCUUUAGGACUGUCUUAGCCUUCCCCUGAGUCCUGCACCAUGCAUCCUUAUGGCUCUGGGAGCUCUGAGGAGGCAGCCCCUCUCCCCCAGCAUGCAUGCAUGCGUGACCUACCUCAAAGCCCUGAAGGAGUGUCUAUUUCUCUUCACUGGGAGUGGAUGUGUGAAGCUCUUCAAGCAGCUGCUGGGGCAGCAAGUUGGGGAGAAGUAUGAGGUAGGGCCCGGGGCUGGAUUUUUGCCCCUCCCUGCUUCCCUCUGGGAAGAGUAG